AUGCCACCCUCCAUCGACCAUGAAGCUGGAGUCCAAACCAAAGAUACCCUUUUCUUCCAAGAACAUACCCUCUCUGGUCGUCUCUUCCUCCCCAUAUCCACUAACCAGAAUCAAAAACUCCCUCUCAUUAUAUACAUCCAUGGUGGAGCAUUUUGUGUUCAGACUCCUUUCUCUCCUACUUACUAUGGCCAUCUGGCUUCCUUGGUAAAAAAUGGUAACGUACUAGUGGUAGUGAUUCCUUACAGAAAAGCCCCAGAACACCCUCUCCCUAUUGCAUAUGAUGAUGCUUGUGAUGCAGUUAAAUGGGUAGCUUCUCAUGUGAAUAGAGAUGGUCCUGAAACUUGGAUUAAUCAGCACGCAGAUUUUGAGAAGAUGUUCUUAGUGGGUGACAGUGCUGGUGCUAAUAUUACACACAAUGUGGGAAUUAGAUUUGGGCUUGAUGAAGGGCUACUUGGGGUUAAAAUUGCUGGAAUGGUUUUGGUUCAUCCCUUUUUUGGCAAAAGUGAUGAUCAAAGAAGCAAAUUGUUGGAAUUCUUGUUCCCAACAUUGGAAGGGACAAGUGACCCCAGAAUCAACCCAGUUGGUGCUGGGGUGGAUCUGAGGAAGCUGGGGUUUCUAAGCAAGAUUCUUGUAUGUGUUGCUGGAGCAGAUCAGAAGUAUAAGGAUAGGGGAGUGAGUUACUAUGAGGCAGUGAAGAACAGUGGGUGGGGUGGAGUUGUGGAGAUUGUGGAGACUGAAGGAGAGGACCAUGGGUUUCAUUUGUUUAACCCCUACUGUGAUAGAGCUAAGAGAUUAACAGAGCAGAUUGUUUCCUUCAUAAAUCAACAAUCCUAG